CGGCGGCGCGAUGCGGUCGGUGAGCUACGUGCGGCGCGUGGCGCUGGACUUCGGCGGCAGCCUCUUCCCGCACGCCGUCUGCCUGGGCGACGCCGACAACGACGCGCUGAACGAGCUGGUGGUGGGCGACACCGGCGGGAAGCUGUCCGUCUACAAGAGCCACGAGAGCCGGCCCUGGGCGGUGCGGCCCUGCCAGGGGAUGCUCACCUGUGUUGGUGUAGGAGAUGUGUGCAAUAAAGGAAAGAACUUGAUUCUUGCAAUGAGUGCCGAAGGUUGGUUUCAUCUGUUUGACCUCACGCCCCCACCCUUGAAGCACCUGGAUGCCCCUGGCCACCAUGAGCCCCCAACAACUGAUGACCAGAAGCCGGGAUUCAGGCAGCACAUUCCUGCCAACACCAAAGUUAUGCUGAUCAGUGACAUCGAUGGAGAUGGGAAGAAUGAGUUGGUUGUGGGCUACACAGACCGCGUGGUGCGAGCCUUUCGCUGGGAAGACUCAUCCGAGAGUCCGGAGAAUAUUUCCGGGCAGCUGGUGCUGCUCAAGAAGUGGCUGCUGGAUGGACAGGUAGACAGCCUGUCUGUGAAUCCAGGCCCUGAUGGUGCUCCUGAGCUGAUCGUCUCCCAGCCUGGCUGUGGCUAUGCAAUCCUUCUCUGUACUUGGAAAGCCAAUCCCCGGCCUCCAGCGGAGGGGGAGGCAGACAGUGCUGCAGCUAGCAGGGAAGCCCCAAUUCGGGAUGUGAUUCUCCACCAGACGUCAGGUAGAAUUCAUAACAAGAAUGUUUCAACCCAUCUUGUUGGCAACAUUGGCAGAGGGGGUACCAAGCAGCACAGUGGCUCGGGUCUGUUUGCACUCUGCACUUUGGAUGGGACACUGAAGCUGAUGGAAAGGGCAGAUAAGCUGCUGUGGUCAGUGCAGGUCGACCACCAACUUUUUGCUCUAGAAAAACUGGAUGUUACCGGAAAUGGCUAUGAGGAAGUGAUUGCUUGUGCUUGGGAUGGCCAGACGUAUAUCAUAGACCACAGCCGGACAGUCGCCAGGUUCCAGGUAGAUGAAAAUGUGAGCGCCUUCUGUGCAGGUCUGUAUGCCUGCCAGGGAGGCCGCAACAGCCCUUGUCUGGUAUACAUCAGCUUCAACCAGAAGAUCUAUAUUUAUUGGGAUGUCCAGCUGGAAAGAAUGGAAUCCACCAAUCUGCUGAAGAUACUAGAGAGCAAUUCUGAAUAUGGAAAACUCCUGCAGCAGCUGGGCGUAGCUGGAGAUGAUGUUUCUGCUGUCAAAGAUCUGAUUCACAAUACACUCUACUUACCAGAACAUCAAUCAAGUACCCAUCAUCAGCAAAGGCAUCAAGCCAGGACAGACUCCUCCAAGUGCCGCACGACCAUCCAAGAAUCGUGA